CAUCUGCGUGCAUCUCCUCGCCGCUCGUCGUUGCAUUUCGGCAACGCUCGGUAAUCAGCCGGCGGGCGGGCAAUUCGGGCCGCCGCGGCGGCCGAGGCCGAGAUUUUCCCGCGUGGCGAGAUUCGCGCAGUGCGUCGCGUGGAUCGAUCCCGCGUGCGUCGUGUGCGGUCUUCGUACGUGUGUUCCUCGUCGCGGCAAAAAUCGCAGGACACACGACCACGUUGCAUCGCACAAUCGGCACCGUGGUGCGCAUCGCCGCUGCCUGCGAUCGUUCCGUCGUGCGGUUCAGUACCGCGCGCGGUUCCUCAGGACGAGGCGGCCGAAGGUGAAUUAUUGAUGGAGAUUGAUCUGUCGGUGAUUACGCGCGCGUUCCUGCACGCGUAUCGCGCUGGCUGCUCUCGCAGAGAGGCGUCGUGUGUAGGUGUAGUCUCGUCUAGUGCGCGCCGCUCAUUGUUCGAUUUUCGCCGCCUGGCAAAAAUCGGGCAAUUGUUCCUCCCCGUUGUUUCCCUUAUCUCGUGACAUUGCUCAAGGAUAAUAUUAACGUGUCGCUAAACUCAUUGUGUCGUGCAACGCUUAUCUGCUUAGGCCUUAGCCCCGAUACUGUUUAUCUACAAUACGAACAAUACGAAAACAGACUUUUCUAACUCAAAAUGUCGGACAUCGAAGACGAUGAGUUUCAAGAUGCUCAGGAAACAACGCAAGUCACGUCCAUGGACUUGGACACGGCGAUUAUGGAAGCCAAGAAGGCGAUGCACUGUUUCUUCAAUAAUGAAUUCGAGCAGGCGAAGAGGAUCCUAGAGCCUUGGGCGGACAGCAGCAUGUACCACUCGCUGGGGACCAGCGUGUUCGCAUUUCUCGAAGCGAUUCUUACGUUCGAACAAAGGCACAUCGAGAAGGCGUCGGAGUCGCUGAAGCGGAGUAUGAGCGUAUGCAACAAACACCGAAAACAUAUCACUAUCACGCAGAACAUCGGGAAGAUAGUGAAGAGGAUUAAUUACGACACGUAUACAGAUGAGGAGGUGCAUGCGGAACUGUGUUAUGCCGAGUCGCUCCUUUUAAAAUCGAUGCUCACGUUUAUGGAGGACGAGACUCUGGUCAGCUUUGUCAAGGCGGGACUGAAAAUUCGUACCUGCUUUAUGUCGUACAAAGAAUGCAUGAUGAUUCUGAAGAGUCGCAAGUGGGGCAAUGACGCGCGCAGAGUGCACUUCGAGAGCGGCGUUCGAAUGGGUAUCGGCACGUUCAAUUUGAUGAUCUCACUGUUACCGGCCAGGAUCGUUAAACUGUUAGAGUUCAUCGGAUUCUCCGGCGAUAAGGAAUACGGCCUCGCGGAGCUCGAGGCUGGCGUCAGCGAGAGGCGAGGCCUGCGGCAGGUCCUGUGCGUGAUGACUCUGCUCUCGUACAAUACGAUCGUCACUUUCGUGCUGAGCCACUCGGACGGCGAUCUCGAUUGGUGCGAGCGGAUGUUGCAGGACGAGAUGGGCAUCUACGCGAACGGCGUGUGGUUUUUGUUUUUCAAGGCCCGGCUGGAGCUGACGAGGGGCAAUCUCGAAGAGUGCGUAGAAUGGUACAUAAAGUCGUGGAAGAGCCAGAACGUGUGGCCGCAGUUCCAUCAUAUCUGCUUCUGGGAGCUGAUGUGGGCGCACUGCAUGAUGCAGGAGUGGAGCAAGGCACUCGCGUACGCGACGAUGUUGGAGGAGGAGUCCAACUGGUCGCGCACCAUCUAUCUGUACCAGAAGGCCGCGAUCAUGCUCAUGCAAUCGUCGGAUUCGUGGGUGGUGGACGGCCUGAUGACGAAGGUGCCGACCUACAAGCAGCGCAUCGCCGGCAAGUCGGUGCCGAUGGAGAAAUUCGUGAUUAAGAAAACGGAGCGUUACUUCGCGCAGAAGCAUCAUCUAGUCCUGCCCGUCUUCGAGCUUAUGUACGUGUGGAACAUGUUUAGGAUAAUAGGCAAGCGGCAGGACUUGAUACUGAAUAUAUUCAAGACGGUGGAAGAAGAAGAGAGGAAGCUUCAUAAAAUGCCGAAAAACAUCUUCCACGCAGAUAACGAAGCGCUGCUAUUGCUGUUGAAGGGUGCUUGUCUGCGACAGAUGAAGCAUCCUUUGCAAGCGCAGGAGUGUUUACGAAGCGUUUUGAAGCUGGAGAAGUCCGUCAAGGAAGACACGUACUUAUUUCCCUAUGCUACUGUAGAAUUAGCGUUAUUAGCGCAAGAUCAAGGCGACAUUCAGUUGGCUAUAGGCUUCUUGGAGGACGCCAAGAAACAUUAUACGGGCUACUUAUUGGAGUCUAGAUUGCACUUCAGAAUACACUCGGACCUGAUGCUACUGUCCGGUAAGAAAAACAACAAUCACGUAAUGAAGAAAAACGGGAACGAACAGCUGAAACAACUGGAGGUGAACAUUACUGCCAAUAACAGCAUCAUCAUCGCGGGUCCAAGUGCCGACAACUCGACAACAAGAUUAAAUCAUAGACCCACUGACGCACUUGUAUUGUAAGAUAAUCGACACGUAAGUGUAUUUGUUAUCCUUGAAUAGAUUCUUUUCUACUUUCCUUGGGCGACUUAUAUCAGAUAUGCUGUCACCAUCACCAAUGAAUCAAAGUUUUGUAAUUUUUCUCUGACAUAUUGCAAGGCCUCGCGCGUGACUUCUAUCUGGUCUCGUCGUUAGUAGAGUCCGAGUAAGCCUUAUCGGCUCCCUGCGAGAUUUCGACCACGUUUCAUAGUUAUAUAUUGAUGUAGAUUAUUCUCUCCCACGAGAAGAUCGGCAGAGUAUUGGCGAAAGUGAUAUUUUGUAGUGCGACUACACUGUACAAUUACUAAUUGUCUAUGAGAACAAUGUGAGGAGCGUAGCUAGAGAUCUUUAUGCAAAGACAGAUAUAUUUUACAGCAGUUCAUACUAUAAUAUACAUGCAUAAUAUAUACACACAAGUUAUUUUCUUUUACGAGGAGAUUGACGAGGAUCUGGUGUGUGCUGUGAUUGUCUUAACACAAUUGGUGAAAGAUUACUAUAAAUAAUGUUACUUGUACAAUGCGAGCUUGUAAAUACGGUACUAAGGAUUGUGUAAAAUGUAAAUGGUAAUAAACUGACUUACAGAUUACUGUC